AGUUGUGCUUUUAGCGUGCUUCCAGACACACGCUGACGAUUUCCUUGGCUUUUCCGCUCUGUCUAAUAUUCUUUUUUCUUUGUGCACCUUUUCCAAAAGUAUCCUCCACUAUAUUCCGAUUUUUCAAGAUUCUAAAAGUGAAACCACGAAACAUCUAACCGCAAAUUAAACUUUGCUUGAUUAGUUCCUCGAAGCAAAAAUGAUUUAAAUCGCUUGCAGAAAAUUAGAGACAAGUUUGUAACUACAUACCAAUGAGAGAGAGAGACUGAAUGAAUAAUAACGUUACAACAAUGUCAGAUUACGAAAGGAUGCGUCUAGUAAUUUUGGGAGGACCAGGAGUAGGUAAAAGUUCGAUAAUAAAGAGAUUUUUAACGAAUACUUAUACGAGUAAAUACAGAAGUACAAUUGAAGAUUUAUAUAACAGGGAAUACGAUUUAGGUCAUAUGACUCUCAAGGUAGACAUAUUGGAUACGGCCGGUGACAUGCAAUUUCCCGCUAUGCGUCGUUUAUGUAUAGCCACAGCACACGCUUUUCUUUUAGUUUACGCCGUCACUUCGAGUCCGUCCUUGGACUGUAUCAAACAAUGUUUCGAGGAAAUUAGAGAACAACGAGGGGAUUUUCAAGAAAUACCGAUAGUCAUAGCGGGUAAUAAAUUGGAUUUGACAUCGACUCACCGAGAAAUUCCCAUCGAGGACGUAUCCGAAUGGGUUUAUUGCGAACUACCGAAAUUAAGAGUUAAGGUUCUAGAAUGUUCCGCAAAAGAUGAUAUAAACAUCAAAGAGAUUUUCCGUACAUUUUUGACUCUCUCUCGUAUAUUACCCCGCGAAACCGACGAACAAGGAGGGCUGAAAAGACGUUCCAGUGCUUACGUCAACAAAGGCGGUAGAAGAAACGCCAGUCCGGCUCUGGAUAAAGAAAAACCAGGACCGUCUGAUAACAAAGACACGUUGCCGAAACCUCGAUCAAGAUCUUUGAUAAGAAGAGCUUCCAGAAAAACAAAACAACAAUUAAGGGACGCUCAAAGCGGUGCAGAAGAAUGUAACGUGUCCUAAAUAUAUAAUUAUUUAUAUUGUAAUUAAAUUUUAUAUGUGAAAUUAUGUUUUUAUUUUGUAUUAGGAAAUUUUCGGGGUUUUUUUUGUUAUUGAUUUGUCUAGUCAAAUAUUGUCUACCCCCCGUAUACAAUGCGACACAUAACGACUCAAUUCCCCGUAUAAACUUUCCGUGUCUAUCACGGCCAUCUUGUUAUAAUUUACAUCCGACUUAACAGUACUUGAAAAUAUUUUAACCUAACGUUGAUGCAUCUAUUUUCAAUUUCCAUAUUAAUUUUCUCCAUGGAUACGUCAACAUGACAAGGGCUCACCGUUUUUAAUGAAUAUUUAUAAUAUUAUAAUUAUAAAUGUUCAACGGACGUUGUCACUUUUACAUUUAUCCAAUUAUCUAACUCUGCUUGGCUAGUACAAUGUUGUCAGUUGUAGCACAAUAAAAGUAACUAAUUAUUAAUAUAUUGUUAAAAUUGUAAUACCUUUGAAUUUUUUAAAAAGUAGUUACUAAUAGUAAAAAAUCAUGUGCAUGAAUUGUUUAUGUACAAAAAAAAACAAGUUGGACCAAAAUACAAAGUUUCAAAUUAUUUAUUUCAAUAAUGAACACGUCCAAUGUUAUAUGUAUACAAAAUAUAUCAACGUAUAUUAUAGUAAAUGAUAAAACAUUAUCCAUAUAUAUAUUGUUUUCUAUUAUUUUUUUAAAUUUAUAAUUAAUAAAUAUUUUUAUUCAGAUUUAGGGGUAAAAAACUGUAUACAGCAACACCGCAUUUUCUACUCAAGACUAUAAACACCCAAGUUGUUGUUCCAUGUAGCACCAACAGCGCCUCUAGUGAACAUUUUUCGAAAUACUAACUAUUUAAGUGUAUUGAAAUUAUGUUUUCUAGUUCAAAGAUGGCGCUCUUUAAAGACGUGAAGGUUUUGCUGUUUUUGUUAAUUGAUAAUAUAGUGGUUUAGAAUAAUGUUGAUUAGAAAAUAUCUGCUCAACUACUCUAUGUAUGUUUUUCAUGUCUAGUUAUACUUAUAGAAAUUUGUUGUACAAGUUUUUGUUUGUUUUGAGAAAAGUUUAGUGUCGUAAUAUCAUCGUCGAGCAUACUUAAAAGCGUGCUUCAUCUAUACAUGACAAUUUAAGUUUGAAUUGAUGAUUUCAUACACUAACAGGGAUUUUCAAUAUAAGAUAAUUACAUACGAGGUAGCCCAGAACAAAGCAAACUAAUUUAUAAUAUUAAAUAUAAUAAUUAAGUACUGCACUUUUUAAUAUAAACUGAACAAUAGAGAAAAAGUGGGAAAUUAUUUUAUUUUUUGAAAUAUCUAUCGAAUAGUUGAUAGUUAAUCUAAUAUUAUCACCUAGCUCAUUCCAUGUGAAUACAGGGUAUUUUAAUUAGUUAUAGAGAUAUCUAAAUGGGAAAAUAUAUUUUUUAAUCAAUUAUUAUCAAAAACAUUUUUACAGAUAACGUUUACUAACAAUAAAAAAAAAUUUUCUUCGUCGAAAAUAAAGUACAUCGCCUUAAGACGCCACUGUAUCAAAAUCAAAACAAUACAACUUAACCUAGUAGGUGAAAGUACUUACUGAUGAACACAAUCAAAUUGGAUUAAAACGUUUAACUUUUCACAUACUGCACAUUAGUAUUUUUCGAAAAAAAAUAGUAUUUAAUAAGCGAAUAUAUAUAAAGAAACGACAUAGAAACAUAAAAUAAUUAUUUUAUAUCAAUAUCGCCAUUAACACGACGCUCAAUUCUAUUUUACUAAAGUAGAUACUGUGAAACUUUGUAAAAGAAUAUUGUAACGUUGCCGGAUUUAUCGAUAUUCUUACAAUAUAUUACUGUUAGAAUAAUAUUGAUUUUUUUAAAUAUUUUGAUUUACAUUCUGGUGAAUUUUGAGGAGAAAUUUGGUUGAAAAAUGUUUUUUUAUUUGUAGAAUAUAAAACUAUCGUUAUAGGGUAUAUCAAAUAUACAAUUUUUAGAACUGAAAUUUUACGAACCCAUAAAACCGGCAAACACGUAAAAAUCCAAAUUAAAUUAUAAUUUUUGCUUUCAUUUGUAUCAUAAAAAUUCAUUGUCUAAACUUUUCUCAAUUACGUAUAUUUCAAUGGGUAAAAAUAAUCGCCAUUUUAUAAUGUUGUGAUAUAUACCAAUUUUUUUUUCGGAAAAAUUUGAUCUAUAAACAUAAAAUUUUGUAAUGUAACUUUUUAUACUUUUUUCAAAUUGAAUAAACAUAAAAAGACGCUUUUUAAUGAGUGAUAAACAAAUAUUUAUAUCGUUUAUAAGUUAAUUCAUAUUCUAUGGAUAUUGUUGUAAAUUUGUAAAAAUUUAAAUAUUAUAAAAAUGUCAAAUUGCUGUGAGACUUAUUAAAAUUUAAACCAAAAA